AUGACUUGCAACACUUUAAAACAGUCAAAGAACACUUAUGAGAAGGAAUUAACUGAAUUGAAUGAGCAACUUGAUCUUGAAAGAACCACCGCUCAACAGGCUAAAGCACGGAAGAAGAAAUAUGCAGACAAACUCAGAGAAGUGAUGGAGAACGAAAACGAAUUCGGUGAAUAUAAGGAACACGCCGAGAAGUCUAUUAACUCGUUGACUGCUCAAAAGGCUGAUUCACAGAAGCAACUUGAGAAAGAGAGAGCAAUGAAACAAAAACCCGACAAGGAAACUCAAAGACUUAGAGCCAAAGUCACCGACGCUGAAGUUAAAUUGGCAGACGCCGGUGCUACUGGAGCUUCUAUUGCUAAAUUGAAAGCAAAAUAUGAAACAGAAUUGGAAGGAAUCGAAACAGAAAAAGAAGAAGCACAAAACGCGGCUGCUAAAGCUAAGAAACAAGCUAAACAGUAUGCCAGAAAAGUCGAAGAGGCCGAGAGAAAGCUUGCAUAA